AUGAACACCCCGCUAAUUUGCUCCUUCAAGCCCAUCAAGAUCAGCAAGGGCCUCGACGACAACGAGAUCAUCGACAUCAAGGCGGGCGGAGAGUUUUCAGUAGUGGUAUCGCGAAGCCGUCUCAGCGAUUCCUUUGAGGUCCACACCUUCGGCUGUAACUUGAAGGGUCAGUUGGGCAUCGGCGAGAUCCGGCACGUGCGUAACGUGACUAAGGUGGAGGCGCUGUCCAAUUUCACGCUGAAGCGGAACGGCAAGCAGGAGAAGGUGCAGGUGAAGCAGCUGGCCUGCGGGAACACCCACUGCAUCGCCCUGCUCAACAUCGGCUACAUCAUGGAGUGGGGCGACAACGAGCACGGACAGAUGGGCAACAAGAAGCGCUCGCCCGCCUACUCACCCAUCAUCGUCAGGGAAUUCUCCGAAAAAGAUAUUCUCGGCGUGUUCGCUGGGCACAAUGCCUCAGGAGUCAUCCUCAGGGAAGAACCCCCAAAGAAAGCAUGA